UGUCAUCAAAGCGCGUCAAUUUCUCCCCGGUUGAUGAAACUUAAAACUUCUGUGCCCUUAAAGUCUCUCUAAAAACAGCAGUUAUUAUGCUAGUCCUACAAAGAUGUCUUUCUUUAUUAGAGUUUCCCAGAGGGAGGCUCCCUGCCAGCCUGUUAUCGCGAUAUUACCACAGGCGACUUAACGUAUCCAGACCAUGCGUAUUAUUUCACCGUCCGACCAUCAGAACCAGGCUAAAUCAGCUGUCGUCACAUGACCAUCAUGUCCUACCUGCUCAUCCCAGCUCCUUCAGAGGAUUCUCAUCUUCACCGCCAGCCAGAGAGGAAGCUCUGGGAAAGAUCCAGUCAACACAUUAUCAUCUUGUUUACACAUGCAAGGUUUGCUCCACGAGGUCCAUGCAGAGGAUCUCUAAAGUGGCCUACCAUAAAGGGGUGGUAAUAGUGACCUGUCAAGGGUGCAAGAACCACCAUAUCAUCGCCGACAACCUCGGCUGGUUCUCAGAUCUGGAGGGGAAGAGAAACAUUGAGGAAAUCCUCGCGGCCAAAGGGGAGACCGUGAAGAGGAUUGAAGGAAGCGAUGCUUUAGAAAUAGUCGUGGAGGAAAAGAGCAGAGGCUGUUCACAAAAAACUGACAAAGAGAAAGAAAAUGAGCCAGAAACAACAUGAUUUAACUAAUUGCAUUUGCACUUUGUACUGCUCUGUAUAUAUAUUUAUAUUUACAACAAACGCAACUUUUUGACCGUGUUGAGGGAGAGUUAAGUGAAAAUGUUUCAAACCAGGUUGCAACUGAGUUUUAAAAAAAGAUACAAAAGCAUGGAAACAGAUGAAAAGUAAAAGUUUGAACAAAUACAUUUUAAAUAUGUGUUUUUUUCCCUGAAAUAUAUUCUGGAUGGUUAUUCGGUUAUUCCAUAUCAAUAAGCGAGAAACACCCCUGGUGCGUUUUUGAUUAUAGUUUUUUGGGGCCUGCCCAGGC